AUGUCCGCGCUCUCCUCGGGGCGCAAGACACCAGUAUCGCCGUCGACAACGCCGCCCUCAGACGACUCUCCCCUUUCCAAGGACCUGAAAUCGAGGGUCAAGAAGCGACACUCGCUCGCGCACAUCGACCUGCGCAGCCCUCCCACGCCGCCGCCGCAGUCUGACUAUGGCACGCCGAUAAACGUCGACGCCCCGACCCGAGGUAACCGGAACAGCAGCGCGCGACCCAUGUCCAUGAUCCAGACGUAUCAGCCGCCCGUCAUGGAGGUCACCGAGGACACCAUUCCCGAGCUGCAGCCCAUCUUCUCGCUGCUCAACCACCAUUCCAACAAGCUGUAUCACGAGGGCUAUUUUUUGAAGCUGGAUGAUCAGAAUACCCAGGGCAAACCGAAUCCUGAUAGAACAUGGGCCGAAUGCUUCGCGCAGCUGGUCGGCACCGUGCUCUCUCUAUGGGACGCCGCCGAGCUGGACGCCGCCGGUGAAGACGGAGAAGUUCUUCCCAAGUUCAUCAAUCUUACAGACGCUUCUAUUAAAGUAAUCGAGUCUCUGCCGACCCGUUCAAGCGAUGAGCAGCCGCUACAGAACAUCCUCAGCCUGUCCACCGCUGGCAAGAACCGUUACUUGCUGCAUUUCACCUCUCACGAGUCACUGCUAGAAUGGACAGCCGCUGUUCGACUUGCCAUGUACGAGCAUGCCUGUCUCCAGGAAGCCUACACCGGCGCCCUGAUUGCUGGCAGGGCCAAAUAUCUCAACAACAUCAACAUCAUGAUGGAGAGGUCCAAGUACAAGAUUGAGGCCUGGGUCAGGGUUCGGUUUGGCGCCGGCGUGCCCUGGAGGCGCUGCUGGUGCGUCAUCACGCCCCCCGACGAAAAGGAGUACAACAAGCUCCAAAAGGAGCUGAAGAAGAAGUCGGCCUACGAUCGUUCUCCCGCUCGCGUCGUCAAAGGAGACAUUAAGUUUUACGAUGUGAAGACGGAGGGCAAGAAGCAAAAGAGGACGAAGCCCGUGGCCUCCAUCACCGAGGCCUACUCUGCAUAUGCCAUCUACCCGCAGGCCAAGUCUCUGGUGGACGCCUCGACCCUCAUCAAAAUAGAAGGCAACAUCUCCAUCCACUCCUCGCCUGAGUCGUCUUCGGAAGGCUUCGUCUUCAUGAUGCCCGAGACGCGCCCCGCUGUCAGCGGCUUCGAGACGAUGCUGCGCUUCUUGUUUCCGACAUGGGACACUUUUGGCCUGUACGGCCGCCCGGGCAGGCUCGUCGCCAGCGUGCUGGAUGCCCGUUCGCUCAUGUUCGCCAUGCCCAAGAACAAAAAGUUCGGCUACUUGGAGCUCCAGGACGUGUCGGCGCUCCUACAGGACGAAAAGAGUGCGACAUGGAGCGAGAGGGAGUGGCGGAAGCGUCUCAAGGAGGCCACUGGUACGCGGAUGAACUCGAUCGAAGAUGGAAGCCGGUCUUAUUCCCCAGCCUCCAACAACAGAAACAGCAACAGGAUUAGCUUCAACAAGCCCAGAGUAGUAGGUUUUGCGGGCGACGACUCGAACCGGAUGCGCAAUUCUUCCGACUCGAACCGGAUGCACAAUUCUUCCGACUCCAACAGCCCCAUCUCGAUGGGCUCGAACUCUUCGCCAAACGACCAGUCCCCUCUGGAGAUGGCUGGGCGGGUUGGAAGCUCGAGCUCGGACGAGGGUCGGGCGGUGACGCCGAAUGCUUACGUCGAGCCCAUUGAGACCAGCAUGGGAGUCAACCGCACUCCCGAGCCUGUUGUUCGACCUCCGAAUGUUAUGCGCGAUGCUCACGAUCGCCCGGCGAGCACUCCUUACAACUCAUCCGAACUCCGCCGGGCCAACAACCGCCUGUCCAAUGGCACCCUGGCCCAAAUGGCCAAGGCUGGCGGCAUUGCUUUACCCCAAGUUCCCGACAUUCCCGACGACGAAGAAAACGAGGAAUUCUUUGAUGCUCCGCCUCCGGUUCCGGCCCAUGGCGGUGGCUUCUACUCGGGCGACAACCAGUCUGCUCGGUCUCUGAACCGCCCUCCCAGCCACCAUAGCCACCACAGCUACCGUGACGGCGACCGCCCGCCCACCAACCACUCUCACCGAUCGCAUCAGAGGCAACCGUCUCCCUAUGGCUCGGCAUACGCGCAAGGCCCUUACGAUCAGAGACCGGCUUCCAGAGACGAGUCUCACACGCAAUACCACGCUCAGCGCCCGCUGCCGCCUCCCCACGCGACGUCGUACCCGAAUGAACCAUAUGGAUCCUACAACCCUAGCGCGAGCCCUUAUCCUGGCGGUGGUUUUCCGGGAUACAGCCAGGGACACCCUCAGCGGAAGCCCCUCCCCAUGAGGCCCGAAUCAUCUUACGACAAGCAUCAGAGCAUCACCCCCAACGACAUCAUCGAUCACUAUACUACGCAGUCCCGAGCUCAGUAUGACGGCUUCCUCCCCCCACAGCCGCCGGUUCACCUGGAGUUUGGCCAAGAGCUGCAACAAGAGCUGCAGCAACAGCUGCAGCAACCGUAUGUGGAACGGCCCCGCGCCGGUGUCUUGAAGACGGUGGGCGGCGCUGACCCGGAGGCUCACUACAACCCCGGCUUCGAGAUCCCCGACGUCAACUUUGGCCGAACCGUUAAGUACGGCGUGGCCCCGGUGCUCCGCAAGCCCGCACCGCCUACGCAUGAGCCUCAGGUACCAAAGACGCCGACGCAGCCAAAGGCCAACCACAAGAGACAGGACUCGUCGACUGUGCCCUGGCAUCCGGCCUCACCGACCUCGCCCGGCUCCCAGCGGUCUUUCCGCCUCACUCCCGAGGAGUAUGUCCAGCAUCGUGCCUCCAUCGCCUCGGCUCCCUACGGACACGGACGAACCCUGUCGGCCACAUCGAUCGGCGGCCACUCGGUGCGGCCCUUGUCACCAGCGUCGAUGUACGGCUCAGGACAGCACCGGCAACACUAA